GACCGUAAUUGAAUGACAGAUCUUGGUAUCCAACCUUGAGGACAGCCAGCUUACGAACUCAGCAAUGUCGGACUCUUUCCUUUCCUCUGGAGCAUUGGACUCCUCCAGAAGGAAUACGAACAGAUCGUCAUUCUUGCCUCCAGGCUCUAGUUCGAUGACAAGCAGUCACCCCUUUCUCAACAUGCUCAAUCCCCUUGGUCGCAACUAUCGCGGAUAUGAACGAGCUCGUGAUGACGUCGUCGAGGAGGAAGAAGAGGCUGAGGCGGAUAAUGAAGAGCCCGAAGACCGAGGCGAGGGAACAAGUCGCGGGGCACGCGGCUGGCUUCAAGCUAAUGCUGCUCCUGCUACAGGCGACAUGGACCGGAUACGUAUGGGGAAUCUACGCCCACAAACCCCUGAAAAUGUUGUGAGAGAUCCGGAUUCAUACGAUGACGAUGAUGGCGAGGUGCCCCACUCGUUCAUGGUUGAGGCUCGUCGCGGGCCCAACAGUACUAAAUCCCCACAGUCCCGCACAGCAGCGGGAGAUAGUAAGCCAGGUCUUCCGACUUCCCCUACCAAGCUCCUUUCCCGAGCGCCUUUUAAGCGGGCCGCAAGAGCCACGUUCAGCGAUGUGAAAGGAAUGAGCAUGCCACCUCGACCCUCCGAGCUUCAGUCCCCAGGAAACUUCACACUACCUGUCCCCAAUACAACGUCUGCGUCCUCUGCUGGUGGACGGAAAACGGGUUUGGAUGAGCAUGAAAGGGCCCUGUGGAACUGGGUGAACGUUUAUAAUCUAGAUGCAUUCUUACAAGAGGUCUAUGCGUAUUACGUUGGAAAAGGGAUCUACUGCAUAGCAUUGUAUCGCGGGCUGAAUCUACUAACCGUCGGUUUCGUUAUUGGGUUCUCGACGUUCCUUCUCGGUUGUGUUGACUACCCUUUGGUCUCAACGUCUGGUCUGCUUUCUGACGUUAUUGUUCCUCAUUGUGUCUCAGGAUUCUCUGGAUUCACCCUCCUAUUUUUCCUAACCUUCGGGGCUUUCUGGUUAUGGAAUAUAUUCACAUUUGCCAUGGGGAUCAUGCAACUCCUAGAUAUGUAUCGCUUUUACACCUAUCUACUAGACAUUCCCGAUGCAGAUAUUCAAACUAUCUCAUGGCAAGAGAUCGUGCGACGUAUUGGCAAAAUACGUGAACAAAAUCCUGUCACUGCUCUUUCCUCUGCUGCGGCACUACAAUCCGACUCAAUCACCGCUCCUCUUGACGCCCAUGAUAUUGCAAAUCGCAUUAUGCGGCAAGAAAAUUACCUCAUCGCUCUCUUCAACAAGGGUCUCCUCAACUUACGCCUACCACGCCCGCCACUGUUGCAGCGCCUUCUUCCUUUGGAGAAUGAAGGCCAAGGAAGAACACUGACGAAGGCUCUCGAGUGGAAUUUAAGGUUCUGUUUGUUGGGCUUCUUGUUCGAUCAUAAUGGGCGUGUUCGGAAUGCGUUCACGACUCAGAAGAACCGAUUAAUGCUUGUUCAGGCCCUACGUCGACGAUUUAUCUUCAUGGGGUGUAUAAACGCCAUUUUUGCACCUUUCAUCGUUUUGUAUCUGAUCAUGUAUUCCUUCUUUCGCUAUUUUGAGGAGUACCACAAGAACCCUUCAUUCAUCAGUAGCCGCCAGUAUACGCCUUUCGCACAAUGGAAGUUCAGAGAAUUCAAUGAGCUCUCUCAUUUAUUCAAACGAAGAUUGCACGAGUCCUAUCCAGCUGCUAGCGAAUACAUUGACCAGUUCCCGAAUGAGAAGAUGGCGCAGCUUAUGAGAUUCGUGGCUUUCAUUGCUGGCUCGUUUGCGGCCGUGUUGGCGUUGGCGUCAGUUAUCGACCCUGAACUCUUCCUUCAUUUUGAAAUCACCCCACAUCGAACCGUCCUCUUUUAUAUCGGAGUCUUCGGGUCCAUUUUAGCAGUGGCUCGCGGCAUGAUCCCUGAGGAUCAUCGUGUCUUUGAUACAGAGUACUUGCUUCGUGAGGUGAUUCAAUUCACUCACUACAUGCCGAAUGAAUGGAAGGGUCAAUUGCACUCUAAAAAGGUCCACAACGAGUUUGGUCAGCUGUUCCAAAUGAAGGUUAUGGUCUUCAUCCAAGAACUUGUUUCUGUCAUCUUGACGCCAUUCAUCCUCUGGUUUUCACUUCCCGACUGCGCACCUGCAAUUGUCGACUUCUUUCGCGAGUUCUCCGUGCAUGUGGACGGAUUGGGUUAUGUUUGCAGUUUUGCAGUGUUUGACUUCAAACGACAUGGUAACGUUAAUUUUGGUGCUCCGGGCGAAGUUCAAGAUGAGAGGUAUUUGUCAAAAGAAGGAAAGAUGGAGAAGAGCUUUCUUAAUUUCAAGGCUGCUCAUCCGGACUGGAAUCCAAAGGACCCAGCGGGUUCUAUUUAUCUUGAUCGUCUCGCGCAGUUGCAUCCCUUGUACCAUCCAAUGUAUGGGCAUGGUCCUGCUGGGUUCAAUAGACGCCGCAACCGAUUCAGCGGCACGACAUCGGACUAUCGACAAAACCCAAUUCUUGGAUCUAUGACGGUGGGGGCAGGUCGAAGCGGUAAUCCACUGCUGCACAGCACCGUAGGCUUGGCUAAGGAACAAAGAAAUGCGGAGCUUGCCAGGACGUACGAAGCUGCUCUGCAAAGAUCCAUGGCUAUGAAAGGUAAAGGACACGUAGGUGAGGCUUCGGGUGCACAUGAUUCAGGUGAAGGUGCAGAUGAGGUCCAGAGUGAGUUGGGCGAUUCAUAUGUUGAUGGGAGAGCCGCUCGCGCGCCUCGUUCUGGCUUGGAUGAGGAACCGAAUGCUGAUGAGCUCGAGGCUGAGGAGCUAGCAAACGGGGGCGUCAUGGGAUUGUUGACGCAGAUAUACGACCGGCGAGGACGAGGACUAUAGCCAAAAUAUUCUGCACUCCACACAGCAUUUUUCUAAUCGAUUGACUCCUAAUUAGCGUCAUUUUUAAGCUAGAACACGCAUUCACAUACAACAGUAAAUACAUCUAUAGACGUCGCACUGAGCCGAAUCAAACAUAUUACUUG